AUGGACGCAUACUUAAAGAUAGUAAAGGAGCUCGCAAAGGGGUUCGACCAUUUCAUGAUCGACAAGAUACCUCGAAGCGCCAACGCUCCCGCAGACGCUCUGGCCGUCUUAGCAUCAACCUCAGAUCCGGACCUACGUCGGGUAAUCCCAGUCGAGAGUAUUUCAGUAAGUAGCAUCGACGCUGGGGCUCAAGUUAACAUCAUAUCUGUCGACCCGGCAGAACAUGCCGACCUUGACGAUGAGGCACAACCUAACCAUGAGGCCAAGCCCGCUACCGAACCCGCGGACUGGCGCCAAGAAAUACUUCAGUACAUCAAUGAAGGAGUAGUCCCGGCAGAUAAAUGGCAGUCCCGACGCCUUAAAUAG